CGGCAGAUACACACGCCGCAGGCUUUUCUAUACCUGCGCGUUGUUCAUAGAUUAAACUAGGUUUUAAUUUAGACAAAUAUAUGUAUGAAAUCCUUAGUUUUACUGUGUUAUAUACAAUUUUGUCUCUUGUUCUUCGUUUGUUUAGUGAAAUAUGUUAAUAAAAUGGACUGUUUAAUACAAUGCUGAUUUAUUUAUGUGAUGAAUAAGUGAUACAAGCAUAGUUUAAAGUCGGUGUUGAGGCUGCUGUAUAACAUAAUCGUCGAUUGAUUUUGGCAGUGGAGGAUGGACGGGAGAGCUGACGAUGACGAGGCCCCGACAGAUCCAGCUGCGAGGAAACACACACACCACGACUAUACGGAACAGGAUUUUGAAGGGCACCGAGCACAUACCGUGUUCGUAGGAGUUCAUGUACCAGCUCGAAGACACUCCCACCGCAAACACAAGCACCAUCGUAAUGGCGAAAAGGACCCAGAAAGACCUGGCCCACCAAUAAUGGCUCGAGGUCGAAGACUUAGCGUAACGGAAGAUGGCGAAACAUUGACUCCACCUGCACAAAGAGUGCAAUUCAUACUCGGGGAAGAUGUGGACGACUCCUCAUUUGAAUCACAUCCACUUUUUUCUGAAAUGGAAGAACUCGUCAAAGACGGAGACGAGUUGGAAUGGAAAGAAACAGCUCGAUGGAUCAAAUUUGAGGAGGACGUCGAAGAAGGUGGCAACCGAUGGUCGAAACCACAUGUUGCCACGCUUUCACUACAUUCACUAUUUGAAUUACGGAGUCUCAUUUUAAACGGAGCAGUUAUACUCGAUUUGGAAGCGAGUUGUUUGGAACAAGUAGCUGAAAAUGUUCUCGAUAACAUGAUCGCUGAAGGUGCUUUAGCAUACGAUAGAAGAGAAAAAGUCAAAGACGCACUAUUAAGAAGACAUAGACAUCAACACGAAAGACGUAAUCACAAUAACAUGUCAAGACUGCCUUUAAUCCGGUCCUUAGCAGACAUAGGGAGAAAUCACUCUUCCUGUAAAAAUUUCCAGGAUGGUGGCUCUCGACGCUCCAGUCCGAGGAGUUGUCGGGAGUCCACUACGGCUCCAAAUACUCCCUUUCUUCAUGCUGUCGACACGAGAGGCUCAUACCUAGCCGUCCCAGUUGACGAAAGCAGUACAUCAACUGGACAUACCCACAAAGGAGAAUUUGGUCGAUUCCUAGGCAUCUCUAGUGCGGGUGGUGCUCACGACGAGGGAAUGGUAAAAAGCCCAAGCAAUUUAUCAAUGCAUCGUAAUCACAGCUCAAGCGAUCUUCCUAUGAAUGGCGAUAUCAACCACAAAAGCAAUACUCAUUUCAUGCGUAAAAUACCUCCUGGCGCAGAAGCUUCUAACAUACUUGUCGGUGAAGUUGAUUUCUUAGAAAAAACUCUUUCUGCUUUUGUAAGGCUAAAAACGGGAACGAUUAUGGGAGAUUUGACAGAAGUACCUGUUCCUACUCGAUUUAUGUUUGUAUUACUCGGACCUCCAAAUAGUAAUUCAAGUUUUCAUGAAAUCGGUAGAGCAAUGGCUACUUUGAUGUCCGACGAAAUAUUUCAUGAAGUAGCCUACAGAGCUAAAAAGCGGGAUCAUCUUUUAGCAGGCAUAGACGAAUUUCUAGAUGCAGUAACAGUGCUACCACCGGGUGAGUGGGAUCCUGCUAUUCGCAUAGAGCCUCCCGCUGCAGUCCCUUCUCAGGAUCCUCGUAAACGUCCAAAUGACAAUAAUCCGAAAGAAGAACUUGACGAGGAAGAAGAAGAGGCAAGAUUAAGAGAAGAAUCUGGUCUGGCCAGAAGUGGAAAACUUUUUGGAGGUUUAAUAAAUGAUCUCAAAAGGAAAAUGCCUUGGUAUUGGUCUGAUUUCAAAGAUGCUUUAGCUAUACAAUGCGUUGCGUCUUGGAUAUUUCUGUACUUCGCCUGCCUUUCCCCAAUCAUUACCUUUGGAGGUUUACUGGGUGAAGCCACUGGAAAAAAUAUGGCAGCAAUGGAGUCUCUGGUUUCUGGAUUUGUAUGUGGUAUGGGCUACGGAUUUUUUUCGGGCCAACCGUUAACAAUAUUGGGAUCGACAGGUCCCGUGUUAGUAUUUGAAACGAUAGUUUUCGAGUUUUGUAAGCAAAUUGGAUGGAAUUAUAUGUCAUUUAGAUUUUGUAUCGGCACUUGGACUGCUAUAAUUCUGAUAACUUUAGUAGCCAUUGACGCAAGUGCUUUGGUGUGUUAUAUAACGCGAUUCACCGAGGAGAAUUUUGCUACAUUAAUUGCAUUUAUUUUUAUAUACAAGGCCGUGGAAAACGUGAUUUCCAUCGGUAAAAAGUUCCCUCUGAAAACGCGCCCUGACGAAGUCCUCAAUUACGAGUGUUUUUGUUUACCGAGCAAUUAUUCAAGAAUGCCUGAGCAAUUUAAUUGGUCUACGGUUGAUAAGGAGUCUUGUCAGUUGUAUAAUGGUACAUUAGCAGGUGGAGGAUGUGACACAAAAGUAUACGUACCUGAUGUAUUUUUGAUGUCCAUUAUUUUGUUUCUCGGGACAUUUGCAAUUUCAAUUAUUUUGAAAGAUUUCAAGAAUUCUCUCUUCUUUCCAUCUAAGGUCAGACAGAUCAUCAGCGAUUUUUCAGUUAUUAUAGCUAUAUUAUCAAUGUCAUUUUUGGAUUACAAAGUCGGUGUAAAGACCCCGAAAUUGGAGGUACCGUCCGAAUUUAAGCCCACACUGCCAUCAAGACAAUGGGUCAUAACUCCUUUCAGCGGCAACCCCAUUUGGUCAGCCCUUGUUGCCGUAUUACCUGCUCUAUUAGGAACCAUUCUAAUAUUUAUGGAUCAACAAAUAACGGCAGUGAUUGUGAACCGUAAAGAAAACAAGUUAAAGAAAGGAUGUGGCUAUCACCUGGACUUGUUCGUCCUCGCGAUUCUUAUACAAAUCUGCUCAAUCAUGGGUCUACCUUGGUUCGUGGCUGCGACAGUUCUCAGCAUCAAUCAUGUGAAUUCCUUGAAAGUAGAAUCAGAAUGUGCUGCGCCCGGGGAAAAGCCCCGAUUUCUUGGGGUCAGAGAACAAAGAGUGACACAUAUCCUCAUAUUUUUAACCAUAGGUUGUUCAGUAGUAUUAACUCCUGUUUUGAGACAUAUACCAAUGCCAGUACUAUUUGGUGUGUUCCUGUAUAUGGGAGUAGCGUCCCUGAAAGGUCUUCAAUUCUUUGAUAGGAUUCUUAUAAUGUUUAUGCCACAAAAGUAUCAACCUGACCACAUGUUCCUGAGACAGGUGCCGAUUCGCCGUGUUCAUAUCUUUACUGCCAUUCAGUUGACUUGUCUCGUCUGUCUUUGGGUGAUAAAGUCUUUCUCCUCGACGUCCAUUCUGUUCCCACUGAUGCUGGUGGUAAUGAUCGGCAUCAGAAAAUCUUUAGACUUUUUCUUUACGAGACGUGAGAUGAAAAUUUUAGACGAUGUGAUGCCAGAAAUGACAAAAAGAAACCAAGACGAACUUCGUGAACUCAGCGAUGUUGAGGACACCAAUAAGAGUAACCCCCCAGCGUUUCAAGAAAAUUUACAAAUUCCACUUAUCAAUGGAAACAUUAUGAAUAUACCUUUGGCAUCAAUAAAUAUAUCUGAAGAGAUGAACAAAACUGGAAUUUGGAAACAGGUUAACAAUACUAACCAACUUAAAAAUAGGACUGAUGCAAAGGAUUCCAAGCAGAAAUCCGGUAAAAAAGUUAUAAAACACAAGAAACUAAUAUCAAAGAACGCACUAUCCGAAAUCGAGAGGCGUCUCUCUACGAUGGACGAAGUAGAGGAAGACGAUCACUCAGUGAAGAGUGACCUUCUAAGGCGCAAGGAUUCUUGGAGUAGCGGAAUCAAAAAGAUUACCUCUGCCGAAACUUCAGUAUAAACUAUUCGAAUUUUGAAACUUUCAUAGGGUUAUUCAUGUGGAUACUUAAGCACGAUAUAAAUAUAAACAUCUUUACUUUUCUGUAAUUAAAAUGUAGUUUAAAACAUACCAAUAUAUUUCAAGUUUAUUUAGACAUUAGUGCAUAUUCGGCCGUACACGAAUCUAUGAACUAAUCUUACUAUGAAAUAAACUAAAAUUAAUGCUAUCCUUUUCCUUUAGGAACAGAUAGCUGUAGAUUAGUUUACAGAUUUAUUUACAAUCGAGUUAGAACUAUUUACUUAUUCUUUAUUGAGAUCAAAAUUAACGCAGAUUAUCAUAUUUUUAUGUCCAAAAGCUUUUUUCGUUCCAUGGAUUUUGUUAUAUUAGUGAUCGUGCUGCGCAAAAAUGAAAUGACUAUUUUUAUAUUAUGUUUUAUGUUUAUCUACGUCGAUUUUUCAAGUGUUAGUAAAACUCAAUAUUCAUUCUCAACUAGGUACUUGCACAAUCAUAAGUUAAUACUUACUUAUUUGCAAUGAUUGUGCAAGUUUUUGUUUGUUAGAAAGUAAAUCGGCACAAAUUUACGUAGACAUAGAUAAUAAUCUAUUCUAGAAUUAACUGUAUUGAUGUGUUUAUGUUCUUACAAGUAUAAAUUGGUAUUGGUAGCCAGCUUUUCCCAAAAAAAAAGCCAAAAAAAAACUGAAAGAAAUUAUCUAGGUAAG